GGUAUUGUGUGUCAUGUACAUUAUUCCACCUCAUGAGAGAGAGAGAGAGUUCCAUUGCUCCAUGGCAUGGCAUCAUCCCUUCUUUAUUUCUUAUUUUUGAGAUCAACAACUCUAAAACCUCGUAACCGGAACUUCUGUUCCCGGUCACUGCAAAACCCCUAAUGGGAACAGUUAACAACACAGUCAAUGCUGCGGCUUCGGCGAUAGUAGUUGCCGAAUCCAGAAUCCAACCUGCCAGCUCGCCGAAAAAGCGCUGGGGAAGCUGCUGGAGCUUAUAUUGGUGUUUUGGACCCCAUAAAAACAACAAGAGAAUUGGCAACGCUGUCCUCGUUCCUGAACCUGUUGAACCAGUGGGUCAAGUUGGAUCUCAUCCUGCUACUGCUGCACCAAAUCCUUCAACAGCCGUUGUGAUGCCAUUCGUUGUCCCUCCCUCUUCACCUGCGUCUUUUCUGGAAUCCGAUCCUCCAUCUGCCACUCAAUCACCGGUUGGAUUAUUCUCUCUCAGUUCUCUCAAUGUCAAUGCUUCUGGUGGACCUGCAUCCAUUUUUGCUAUAGGUCCUUAUACCUACGAGACCCAGUUAGUCUCACCGCCUGUAUUUUCUAACUUUACCACUGAACCAUCUACUGCUCCUUUCACUCCACCUCCUGAAUCGGUGCAGCUGACGACACCAUCAUCCCCUGAGGUGCCAUUUGCUCAAUUAUUGGAAUCUUCUCUAGAUCAAGAUUGUAAAAAUAAAGGUACAAAUCAAAGAUUUGCAUUAUCCAAUUAUGAGUUUCAACUUUAUCAACAAUACCCCGGAAGUCCUGGCACCCAACUUAUAUCACCUGGAUCAAUCAUUUCUACUUCUGGAAGCUCUACUCCUUUCCCUGAUAGACACCCACUUCUUGAAUUCCACAAAGGAGAAGCAUCAAACCUCUUGGGCUUUGAACACUUCUCGACACAUAAAUGGAAUUCCAGACUUGGAUCAGGAUCUUUGACACCAGACAGUACUGGGCAAGGUUCAGGACUAGGCUCAGGAUCUUUGACACCUAAUGUUGUUAAGCCAGCUUCACAACUAGGCUCUGGGUGUUUGACACCUGAUGGUGCAGCACCAACUGCUGCAAAAGACAUCUAUGUUGGAAAACCGAUUUCUGAGUUAACAUCCCUUGCAAAUUCCAAGGACGAGGGUCAACCCAAUGCAGCAUUAGUUGAUCACAGAGUUUCAUUUGAAUUGACUGGGGAAGAUGUGGCACGAUGUCUUCCAAAUAAAUCAGGGUCUCCUUUGAUUGGAAACAUCUCAGGGUCUUCUGAGGAUGCACUGCUUGGAGAGCCUGUUGACAGAGAAAGUAUACACUGUGAUUUGUGUUCAAGGAAAACUUCAAAUGAUAAGCCUGAAAAUUCUCCUAGAGAAGGAGAAGAGCAUUGCAAUUCUUCCAAAGAAUUUAACUUUGACAGCAGAAAAGGUGUUGUUUCUGAUAAUCCUGCCAAUGCCUCGGAAUGGUGGACUAACAAGAAAAUGGUUGGAAAGGAAAGUAGAUCAAGCAACGUUCCGGCAUUUUUCCCAAUGUUACAGUCAGAAGUCGUUUAAAGACGUAGUUCAUUGCUAUAGGACUUAGGAGCUGUAUCUCUCAAAUUUUUUAAAUAGCAUAAAUUAUUUUUUGUGAUAUUUAAUUAGGGCUAUCUCGAAUUUUAAUAAAUGAAAACAAUAUUUGGUAUUUUUUAAUAAAGAAAGUUUACAAUUUAUAAA